AGCUAUACCUGGCUGAGUGGAAAGCUUCGGAAAAGUCGCCUCAGUCCAUUAGCUUUCUAGAACGAAGAGAGCGACUGUUUCACCCAACGUAUACGUAAUACGCCCACCUUACGUAUACGCAACAUAAUGCUUUGCAACCGAGAGUGUCAACAAAUAUUGGAAAAUGCACUAAAGAGUGCAGGAAGAGUCAAGCUGUUGGACUAUCAUUUGGUCAGGGAUCUCAGUGCGAUCGGCUAUCUGGGGGAUUACUACGCACUGACGCUAAGGUAUUGCCAGGAGGAAGAAGAAAUUAUUAGGGAAAUAGAACUCUUUGUAAAGGCUAUGCCCCAGCAAAGUGCGGAAUUGGCGAAAGAAAUUAUUUUCCAAAAGGAGUCCUGGCUGUACGACACUCUCCUAAAGAAACUACAAAUCCAUUCCAACGUAAAAUGGAGUCCUGAUUGCGUUUACAGUCGAAAAGAUCUAAUGGUUCUGGAGCACAUUAAGCUUAAGGGUUUCAGAGCAGCUGGAUCCGCAGAACUUAAUAAUGAUUUCAUGAAACAAUUAAUUAAAUCAGUUGCCGCAUUUCAUUCAGCCAGUUUGGUCUACGAACAUCAGACCAAAACCAAUAUAGGUCAAACCUAUGGUGACAACUUGUUAGAGAUCACAGUAGCCUCUGAAAUUGCAUGGUUCACAACAGGACUCUCUGCUGUUCUAGCUGUCGUUCGAAGUCUUUCCAAGUAUCAGGGAAAUAGGGAGCAGGCUUUCAUCGAUAACAAGCUUUUCGCCAUAAUGGAGAGAAUCUAUGAGCAAGCGGCACCUUCGAAAAAAUACAGGAAUGUCCUUUGCCAUCGAGAUCUUUGGGCUGGUAACAUUUUCUUUCCUCCGGAAAGUUCUGGACCGGCUCUACUGAUUGACUUUCAGACCUGUCGUUACGCUCCCCCAGCAUCAGACCUCAAUUUUUGUCUUUACAUGAAUUUGAGCUCAGGCAAACGCCAACAAAUGGAGAAGACAGGCAUUGAUUUGUACCAUAAAAAUUUGUUGAGGAACCUAUCAGAUUUUGGCCUUGAGGAACUAGCGAUCUCGAAGUCAGAGCUGCUGGAAUCAUACGAAGAACUGCGUUUAUUUGGAGUGGUCUACAGAGCUGUAGCUGCAACGGUCGUAAAGGUUCCCGCCGAUUUCGUAACCAAUGAUUUUAAGUAUGUGGACCGCAGUAAGGUGAUCCUCUCUUAUAUGAAAACUAACAUAGAAUUCGCUACCUAUAUGGAGGAGUGCUGUGUGGAUGUCAUGGAAAUGGCCUUGGCCAGGGCGAACAUGUGAGGAAGUCUCGUUAAGCGAUACUACUGAUAAGUAAGAGUUCCUCUAGUGCGCUAGAUGAUAACACUUUAUUGUAAGAAAAAGGAAAAAUAUAACCUCUCAACGAAACUUGAA